CAUUGUUGACGUGCGCGCACCCUGUUCACGUGACCACAUGUUGUGCUUCUGAUUGGCUCAGACGUUUUACGUGCGCGCUCGCCGGUGUGUCACCUUGCUGCUCAGGUUUUAAGUGUCUCAGACGCCUCAGAAACAUAAAGCAGUGCAGCAGAAUGGCGUCGGGGGCAGUGAACCCGAAAAGCUCCCCAAAGUCCAUCAAGUUCCUGUUCGGCGGCUUGGCGGGGAUGGGGGCUACAGUGUUUGUUCAGCCGCUGGACCUGGUGAAGAACAGGAUGCAGUUGAGCGGUCAGGGUUCGAAGGCUCGGGAAUAUAAGACGAGCUUGCACGCUGUGGCCAGCAUCCUGCGCAAUGAAGGAGUCCGGGGCAUCUACACAGGUCUCUCGGCCGGUCUCCUCAGGCAGGCGACCUACACCACCACUCGUCUGGGGAUUUACACGAUAUUGUUUGAGAAACUGACAAAAGCAGAUGGAACUCCUCCCAAUUUCUUUAUGAAGGCGCUUAUCGGGAUGACGGCCGGAGCCACAGGAGCGUUUGUCGGCACUCCGGCCGAAGUGGCGCUCAUUCGCAUGACUGCAGACGGACGACUUCCCCCUGAUCAGAGGAGAGGUUACACAAACGUCUUUAAUGCUCUCAUCCGAAUCACCAGGGAGGAGGGAGUCACAACACUGUGGCGGGGCUGUGUACCCACCAUGGCCAGGGCAGUAGUAGUGAAUGCAGCACAGCUGGCUUCUUAUUCCCAGUCUAAGCAGGCUUUAUUGGACACAGCUUAUUUCUCUGAUGACAUCCUGUGCCAUUUCUGUGCCAGUAUGAUCAGUGGGCUCGUGACCACAGCCGCCUCCAUGCCAGUCGACAUAGCUAAAACCAGGAUUCAGAACAUGAGGAUGAUCGACGGCAAGCCAGAGUACAAGAACGGACUCGACGUAUUGAUUAGGGUGGUGAGGAAGGAAGGCUUUUUCAGCUUGUGGAAGGGUUUCACACCGUACUACGCCCGUCUCGGCCCUCACACUGUCCUCACCUUCAUCUUCCUCGAGCAGAUGAACAAGUUCUACCGGAUCUACUUCCUGGACUCAUAGAGUCCUAAUGGGAACUCGCACAGCUCGGGUCGGCUGAGGUUCUUAGCCGCUUGGGGGUCUCUCUCUCUCUCUCUCUCUCUCCCUCUCCCCCCCCCCCCCUCUGUGUGUGUGUGUGUGUGUUUGUGUCUGUCUUGUGUUUUCUAACACACUCUCCUUGACUUCCUCUGACUCAGAGUUGUGUAAUGAUGAUAUUGAAGGUCAGGUGAGUGAGUAAGCUCUUCCAGCGCUCCUGACUAGCUCUGGUGUUAGGUUUAGGUAGCUAGGGGAGAGUAACAUGUGGGAGUGUUGAUGAAGGGGAAGUCAUUCAGGGUGUGUUGGAACACUGCAAGUCUUAUGUUCCUACUCAUGGUCCCAUCGUCCGCCGUGUGUCCUCCAAGUUUGUUUUCAGACUCGGCUCAGAACCCUACGCCGCUUAUCGGACUUUCAGAAGGUUGUGUCUUGUACAGGAAGCUACACACUGACACAGUUCUCAAUUUAUUUUCUGUCCUUAAAUUAAAAAGACUACAUCUGAAUUUGUGUGAAUCCAGUCUUAGUGAUGAUGAGUGUGUGUGUGUGUGUGUGUGUGUGUGUGUAAGCUAACGACAGAAUGCUAUAGAAAUCUCUCUCUCACUCUCCCAAUGUCUCUCAUUUAUAGUGAAAAUCCUUAUUAAAGAAGGUUCUCUGA